AUGCGCAUUUUAUUUUGGGCUUCAAAAAAUUUCAGAUUGCGCUACUGUAUAUACUAUGUAUGUGUAUGGAGAACAUUGACGUCAUUGACCGCGCAGUUUGCACGCGGGACAGUGGGUUUUGUGUGUUCUGCAGCGUGUGCUCUACGUACUUGUUGGUACUGGUACGUGCAUAUACGCAUCUGACGUUACGCUUACUUACGACGUAGUAGCCUGGUCCCAGACAUACUCGUCGUCGAUUAAAAGUGACAAGUUCGAACUAACGAAAUCGACGAAAUAUGGCAGCGAAGAUGCAACAUCCAUUCGAACCACCUAGCUCGGCGAGUUCUGAAAGUGACGACGGCGACGUAUGUCUGGAUGAUCGCGAGAUUUUCCUCGCCGAUGAGUUGUGUGAGGAUGCCGAACACUACAGGCGCUCCGACGUAAAUACGCCGACACCGCAAUCACCAAGGCCACCGUCCACAGGUUCACAGAAAUCUCCGAGAUCACGUCGGCAACGCACUACCAGCAUGUCACAAUCGAGCAAGAAAACAUCUGCGGAAUCUAUUCUCAGGAGCAAAACAAGGACUAUUUAUACAGCUGGUAGACCACCUUGGUACAAUUCGGCUGGUCAACAAGUAGAACCUUUUGUAAUUGGUAUUUGCGGAGGCAGUGCAUCUGGGAAAACGACAGUUGCAACCAAAAUCAUCGAAUCUCUAGAUGUACCAUGGGUGACCCUUCUUAGUAUGGACUCUUUUUAUAAAGUGUUAAAUGAAAAGCAGCAUGAAAUGGCUGCGCACAAUGAGUACAACUUCGAUCAUCCCGAUGCGUUCGAUUUCGAGCUUCUGAAAACUACGUUGCAGCGUUUGAAGGAAUGCCGAAUGGUAGAAGUUCCUAUUUACAAUUUUGUAACACAUCGUAGAGAAAGUAGAACAAAGACCAUGUAUGGUGCCAACGUCAUUAUCUUCGAAGGAAUACUUACCUUUUACAAUGUUGACGUACUGAAAUUGUGCGAUAUGAAAGUUUUCGUUGACACCGAUGCGGACGUCAGGCUGGCUAGACGCUUACGAAGGGAUAUUUCACAAAGAGGCAGAGAUCUGGAAGGUGUGUUGAAACAAUACAGUAAACAUGUGCAACCUGCUUUUUAUUAUUAUAUAGCACCUCUGAUGGCUCACGCUGACAUUAUUGUGCCGCGUGGAGGGGACAACGAAGUCGCGAUAGAGCUCAUCGUGCAACACAUUCAUACUCAACUUCAGUUGAGAGGUUUUAAGCUGAGGGAGAAACUGGCGCACUCGUACAUCGGUCAACCUUUACCUUCGUCAUUGUACUUACUUCCGGAUACGCCGCAGAUAAAAGGUCUUCACACGUUUAUACGCAACAAAGAAACAUAUAGAGACGAGUUUAUUUUUUAUUCCAAGCGAUUAAUUCGCUUGGUAAUCGAAUAUGCAUUGUCUCUAUUACCCUUUGAGGAUGUUACUGUCGAAACGCCACAAGGAGUGUUGUAUGGCGGCAAGCGUGGGGCGACAGAUAAGAUUUGCGGCGUGUCAAUAUUGCGCGCUGGCGAAACCAUGGAGCAAGCUGUUCGGGAUGUGUGCAAGGACAUACGCAUAGGGAAAAUUCUUAUCCAAACUAAUCAACAGACUGGCGAGCCCGAAUUGUACUACCUCCGAUUACCAAAGGAUAUUAAGGACUACAGAGUAAUAUUGAUGGAUGCCACUGUUGCGACCGGCGCUGCUGCUAUCAUGGCGAUUAGGGUGCUCCUUGAUCACGACGUCGCCGAGGAGAAUGUGUUGCUGGCAUCCCUGCUAAUGGCGGAAUCCGGCGUGCAUUCGAUCGCGUACGCUUUUCCGCGGGUGAAGAUCGUCACCUCCGCGUUGGAUCCCGAAAUAAACGAGAAGUUUUACGUAUUGCCCGGCAUAGGCAACUUUGGCGAUAGAUACUUUGGCACCGAGCCGUCUGACGAUUAAAGCAGCUCAUAGAUCUCUUUAAAGUACUUAUCCGCUGCGUUGUAUAAAUUUGUGAUAAAGAUAAUCUAUCAUAUAUAUUUAAUAAUAAAAAGUGUGUUACGUUAA